UUUACAAUUUGUUGCAUCAAAUUCUGUGUUUAUUUGAAGUUCAUUUUUGGCUCUCAUGUUUUCUCAUUAUCUUCUACCUGAAGAAUUCCCACAAAACACUUUGCGUUCUAGCUCAUAAUCAUACCAAUCUCUCUCUGCAAAUUCAAUUUGAAGACUUGUUUCUUCUUUAACAACGCCAGACAACAUUCCUCUGCUUGAUUCUUUCUUUCUCUGAUCACCGAAAUAGUCGUCCAUGAAUCUUCAAAAAAGCCGUUCUUUACUAUUUUUGUCCUCUCUUUUUCCUUGAAAUUCAUAUUAUUCUAUUUUAUUUUCUCUUGUUUUGACUUCAUGGUCCAAGAAACUUUUUAAUAUUCAACCCUUUAAUAUCUUCUUUUGCCCAUCAGAACUGAUACUUUUUUUCUCUGAUUUUCUCUCCAAGUUCUUGAAUGUUCAACUUGCUUUUAAUUGCUUUGAUUUUAAUAUGUACUCGGAGACGACGCCUAGCGUACAACCGCCCAUCGCUAACCACUGCGGGACUCCACUGGCAGCUUCCACUAUCUGCAACAAGUGUGUUUUUGUUGGAUAAAUCGCUGGGGAGAUUGCUGCCAUCUGGUGUGAAAUUUGAUUGGAGAAGUUGUUGUUUUGGAGUUUGAUUUGGGAGUGUUGAACUGGAUUUUGUGAUUGACUUUGCUGGUUGUGGAAUUCGCCAUUUCACCUUGCCUACCACCUGCUUGGUAAAUUGCCUAUGCCACUCUCACCAUCAUACACACAUCCCACUACCAGCAACAUUCUGUCCAGGCGCCCAACCCAUAUUGUGUACAGUAAACGGGUACCCGCGGGUCCUCUGUAUUGGACCCGUUUAGAACCGACCCGUUUUAGACCUGUACCCGUUGCACCCAUGCCCGGCCUACGUGCCUGUUUUGCCAAGUCUAAAUUUAGCAUCUGGGUAUGCUAGAAACGUUGUUAUUUGAAUGAUUGAAAAUGGUUUUUCAAAGGGGAGGUACUUUCUUUGAUGUGUUUUCGUUCACGUGUCAAGAGGGCUGAACAAUGUGAUAAAGAGAAUGUUGUUAGCGUUUCCCGGAUUGUAUAUUAUGACAUGUUUUUAGUUGAGUGCAAGGAAUUCGCUAUUUCUUGUGGGGUGUCAAAUUGUUUUAUUUACUGAGGAUUUGGAAUCGAAAAAUGGGUUUUGAAAAAGCAGUGAUGGUGCAAAAUUCUACUGCUUGUGCCAUGGAGUGGAGCAUUGAGCUUGAGAAGGCCCUGCGCUCAAAAAACCCUGGUAGGUGUAUUGAGGCAAUAUAUCAGAUUGGACUAAGACUGGAGCAGUGGAGUGGAGAACCAGAAGGUACAAUGGUAGUUUACAACAUGUUUGGUUUGGUUCCAGGAGAGGACAGGCUGUUUGCGAAUACUAUCUUUUUACGCCUUGCUGAUGCAUUUCAGUUGGGAAACAAACGUACUAGGGUCACCAUUGUCAGGAUUUUUUUAUCACUGCUCAAGCACUGCAGAAAAAAGAGGAAAAAUAAACAAAUGAAUGGGGUUUUAUCCAAGUCAAGGGUACAAAACCACUUAGAACUGUUGAAAAGAGUUAAGGCUGUUUUUGACUCAGGGGAUGUGGAGUCAAGAGCAUUGGCUUUAGUCUUGUUUGGUUGUUGGGCUGAUUUUGCAAAAGACAGUGCUCAGAUACGGUACUUGGUACUUUCCAGCUUGGUGUCUUCUAAUGUCUUGGACGUAAGAGCAUCAUUGUUUGCUACAGGUUGUUUUUCUGAGCUAGCAGAUGACUUCUCAUCUGUUGUAUUAGAGAUGGUGGUUAAUAUGGUGACUUCUUCUGAAAUAGAGUCAGUUGUGAGGCUAGCUGCCGUGCGUGUUUUUUCAAAAAUGGGGUGCACAUUCUCUAAUGCAAAUAGAGCUUUCAAGGCAGGUUUAAAGCUGGUGGUCGGCUGUCGCGAAGAGGACAUUUUAGUUGCAAUGUUGGCUUCACUCUCAAAACUAUGUUACAAGUCUACUGUUCUUAUUUCUGAACAGGUGGACUUUCUUUUAUCACUUUUUAAUAGUGAAAAAACUCUGCGUACACAAGCAACUUCCUUAAGAUGUCUGCAUUUUAUUUUUUCAAAGGGAAUGUGUCAGUCUAUAGUUGGUGCAAGUGUGAUUAAAACAUUAAUUAGCAUAACAGAUAAUCUUGAACUUCCAUCAACCAUGCAAUGUGAAGCUCUACAAAUUCUGCAUAAGAUCUUUUUGUGUACAUCAUCCAAUCUGGCAUGUGUUAACAUGCCUGAAUUUGCUGAGCUAUUAAGAAUUGUUGAUAAUGCAUCCCAAUCUCCAAACUUGUCGAAGAGCCUUCAUGCCAUCCAUAUCCUGGUAGAUGUAUUAAUUAGGCUUCAGAGAAUAACAGAAAUGGAUACCUUACCUCUACCUUCUCAGGUUGUCUCAUUAAUUAUGGACCGCUUCACCUUGCUGGUGAAGACUUUGUCAGAUCUGUGCCAAUUUAAGUCUACAGUAUUUCAAGACAUCCAAAAUCUUCUCAAGCUUCUUUAUCAUAUAGUUGGAAAACAUCCAGAUCUCGGUGUCUUCGUGCUGGAUAAAGUUCAUUCAUUUGUUGAGGAUCUUGUUAAUAGUAAGAACAAUGUUAUAGCUGGGAGGCAAGCAGAUUCAGCAGUUAAUGACAAUUUGGAGUUUAAUAGGGAAAGUCAUAAGGCCAUCACUUCAAAGCUUGUGUGUAUUGUAAACAGAUUUGUAGUGUCCUGCCUUGAGAGUUUACAUGAAGCUGGUGCCAUAAACAACCAGGUCUUUGAUAAAGUAAAGCUUCUGGUUGAGUGUGUACAUCAUUGCAACUUACUUAAUUGCUAUACACAUACAAUCUACUCUAUCUUGUUGCAUUCUCAAAUCAUCUGGGGUUGCAUGGUUAACAGGAAUGAGGAAGCUGGUGGAGUUGAAGGAAACUCGCAUAUCUUUGUUCAAAAUAGCUUUGUUGAGCAUGAACUCUUUACCCUUGAGUUUGCAAAAAGGAUGUUGACACAGGGGGAUAACUGGCCUGCUUAUAAAAGCGGAAUAUAUGCUGCAUGUCAAGGAGUGUGGACCACAGCUAACUUUAUCUUUGGGCAACUAAUAACGAAAGUUCAAUCUGAUACCUAUGGUUUCUGGUUAAAGUCUUUAUCUCAAUGGGCUCAUUGUGAGAUUAUAAUUCAGCAGCUUGUCUUUGCGAAACAAGGUUCCAUCUCUUUUGAUUGGUUAGAGAACAUGCUCUCCAAAGAUGAUUUAUCUAAAAAUGGAGAAGGUAAUGCUGGUCAUAUCCAUGAGAUUAUUUUCAGUCAAGCACUUGACAUUGCUUACAAGAGUUGUGGCUCUGCAGGAAGAACAUUAGAAACCAUUUUGACAUCUGGUAAAACCUUUUGUUUUCAGGGAUGGUUUUUGGCUCUAAGAGCUAAGUUUCUUGGAGUGCUUGUGGACAUAUUUGGCGUUUUAAGCUCUCUUCCAUCAGAGCAGGACAAUAUUACUACUGAUUCACAAGUUGGGAAAAGUUUGAUGGUUGAGAGACGCAAAUUAUUGCGGCAAAUUACUCAAAUAUCUUUUAAGUUGAAGAGGCUAUCACAAGAGUAUGAUCUAAUUGCCUCAUCUUUCACUGGAAUGGACAGCAGAAGUUCAAAAAUCCUUAAAGCACUUGCUCUAAGUUGUUCGGUGUUGGCCUUUAGCACUGGAUUUGCUCUCUACACUCAUUUGCUUCCUAACUAUGGAACUCUAAUGACUACAGAUCUUCUCGAAGGCUCGCAGAACUGUUCACAUGUAAUGCUAAUACAAAACUUACUUGGGAGGUUGUGGAAUCUUGACCAUGAGACGAGUACAAAACUCUGCAUGCUUUUAGAGGUCAGUGAUUGGUCCAAGAAUUGUUUUCACUUGCAGUUAGGAAAUCAGAGACUGACCAUUAGUUGUGAAGUUAAAGAUAUUGUUGACGUCUGUAGUUAUGCUGUUUCUGGCAUUGUUUGGCUGCAAAAUGAGGCAAACAAAGUUCAUAAUGAGGAGAAUCUAUCCAAAGUCACCAAGAAUGGCUUCCAACUUCUGUCAAGCAUUAUUUUGAAAUGGAUGUGCAUCCCUUUCCGAGCUCCCAAGUACUUCUUCAAAAUAAGGCCAUGCUUCGGUUCAGAGCUCUUGGUCUCCUGUGCUGGCACAAGUAACCUCGGUGGAAUAUUCAUCUCUACGGGCUUCCACCUAUCUCUAAAUCUGUGUCUUCAAUUGAAAAAUGCUUCACCAGAUCUCCCAGUUCGGCUGACUAAGUUUUACUGCAUCCUAUGCUGUAGUCAGAAUCCCCUUUCAGACAGACAAAACAGUGAACAAACACCUCAGACUUCUCAAGCUUGGGAAACCGACGACAUGGUAGAAAUGAAUGAAAAGCUUUUCCAGUACGUGAAUCAGUGCGCCAAAAAGACCAAUCACCGUAAGCGUGCUAGGGAUACCGAUAUUGAUAAUGAUGGUAGGGCUGUGAAUACAUUUGUGCAUUUUGAACCAAAUGACAGAGGACAAGGGUUCUCAAAUUGCUUGCUUGAUGUUUCACAAUUUCCAGUGGGUUCUUAUAGGAUCAAGUGGCAUAGCUGUUGUAUUGACAGUCAAGGUUCUUACUGGAGCCUUCUCCCCUUGAAUGCUGGACCUCUCUUCACUAUAAAAUGAUAUUUUUUUUAAUCA